GGAGUGUUUUGGACCUGAUGCAGGACAUUCUGCAGGCGCAGAUGCGCGAGCUCGUGCGGCACGCGAGGCUGAUCGACGAGCGGGAGGGCGGGAUGAGAAAAGGGAAAAGCUAUGAGAAACAAGCGGUAAAAGAACAAGGUCAGAUAUUGAACAACAAUACUGACGACGAAAGCGGUAGUAAUAGCGAGGGGCGUGGCGGGAGAAGAGACUCGCCACGUUCAUUAUCCUCAGAAAUGAGGUCCUCGCAGAAGAAAUCCAAGCACGAGCAAGGGGUUUGUUCCGCUGGAAAUUUAAAUCCGCAGCCGAGCUUCAACCCGCUGAAGCACCUGAUCGCGAACCGGCCCGUGCUCCAAUUCGUGCGGGACCUGUGGGCGGAGUUUCGGGCGCACACGAACGAAAUGGCCGAAAGUUUAGUGGAGCAGGAGAAGGGAAGCAGUAGUGACGAGGAGGAGGAGGAUGCGCUGCUGCAGAAUCUGAAUAAAUUAUCGCGGGGGCAGACGAGUUCUGGUAGUAACAACAAAAAAUCUACAACUUCGCAGCUGCAGCUGACGAAUGAUCUGAGCAACGAGUCAGCGGAAAAGAAAAAGAAAGCGAUGAAGCGGCACAGGCGUCUCGGCCGUGGUAGCGCGACCGGCGGCACGAAGCCGGUUGACCAGCGCGAGCUGAACACGUUGCUGUUACUGGACUCGCAGUUCCUUCCCGGGGAGGCGGGGUUCGGGAGUGUAACGUUCGCGCAGUGCUGGCGAAGCAACACGAAGGAGCGCUUGAGAGGGAGGAAUCGUGCGUCGUCAAAAAAGAUUAAGAACGGGGUCUGGGAAACGCACAGUUCGUCGGACGAAGGAGAAGAGAUGGAUAAAGACGAAAUACACGACGAUAGAAGUGCAGCGGCGACUCCGGGUGGAGAAGGUCAACAUCUGCGAGCCAUUACCGAUACCAUCAAUCAAAGCGUGUCCCAAGAAGAUAUCAUUCCCGGAUUGACAGAGUCUCGUGGAGAUCGUGCAAAGAAGAAUCAUAGAGAACCGCAUAAACAGUCGGAUAAGAAUUCGCGAUCUGUGCGGUUUGUGGAUCACGAUUCGGAGCCGGAGGAAGACUCUCAGGAAGAAAACUAUCUCCUCAGUGAAGACGACGAGCAGGACCAAAACGAGGAACACUCAACCUUCCACGACCGAUCGUGGCAAGAAAGCGUGCAGAAAACAUUUUUCGGUAUCGACAUGCGCAGAAAGGGAAAUAGACCUCCAACGGAGGCAGAUGCGAUUGUUCCCUCGGGGAGAAAAAGCAAAAGCGCUCGGCGAAGUAGUAGGAAAGGCAGUAAAAAAGCAACGACAAGAACUGCUGAAGUUGCCGCCGCGAUCGAGGACGACACCGACAACAUUCCGCCUGGUGGAAACAACCCUGCUUCCUCCACCUCUAAAGUGCCUGCUCGUUCAAGAACAGCUGCGGGCGCAACUGGGAGCAGAGGCGCGCUGAAAAAUAAGCACGUUACCUCUUCUUAUUUCCCCGACACCGAAAACCUUCCGGUUUUCAUUCACUGGUUCUGGUGUGCGGACUUGGCGAUCUUCGUGCUUGCGUCGGUCCUGGCAAACCGCCCCAUCGUCACCGUGGAUCUGUAUGAGUGGAUUCGCCGGGGGUACUUGCCGUUCUUCAAUUUGAUCGAUUUUUUGGAGUACGAAACGAAGUGCAAAGCCGAUUUGUACUAUGACGACACGACGAGGAGCAGCUCUACGGGGAUGGAAGAGACGAACGGCGGACCAGGAGGAGCAUUUGACCCAUUUGCUUUCGCCGACGCCGGUGGCCUUGCGACCCCGCGCAAGCGAAACCACCCGGGCAGCAAGCAGGCCCGACGACUGGACUUCGUGCGCAUCCACCACAUACUCGCUUCCUCGGUCGGGAAGAAAGUAGGACAUCAACCAGAAGGUGGCCCAGGAGAGCAUCAAAACCGGCUUGUGGAGUCGCACGCGUCGUUUUUCGACAUUCCCCGUCUCCCCGGGCAAAAGACCGUUGAGAACAUGGUCCUACGGUUCGGAACGUUGCUCUGCAUGCGCCGGGCCUUGCGGUUCUCCGCGCAGCUGAAACGGCUCGACUCGGUGACUGCCUAUCCGGUGAUGCACGCAAUCCAAAGACUGUCGAUGGAGCUCAAGCUGGCGGUCGUACGACAAAUCGAUUCGGAACAGGAACAAAGUAGAAAGCAUAAGGAGCAACUAGAAAUAAACGAGAGCAAAAAUCAUACUCUCAGCCGGAAAGACGGAGCUCUGUCUAACGUGCAGAACAGAAGAUUUCUCUUCCCGGACACGGAUAAGAUUCCGCAGAUCGCAGCAAGACUCUGUUCAGUGUGGGUAGAACAGGCACAACAGAAGCUACUGCAGAAACCGGCGGCAUCCGGACUUGGCGCGGAGACCUUUGCAGUAGUUGCCGAGGGGGGAACAAGUGCGACCGGGGGAGGAAGCACUGCGCUAGUCCCGUACGUCGGUGGAAACGAAAAAGAGGAAGCGAAUCUUGUAGCUUCUUCAAACAAGGUGGCGGUGCGCCAACAAAGCAAACUCGUUCUUUACGAUCCGCAAAACCGGAGCACCUACGAGGAGAAUGCAGAAGAGGAAGACGCCAUCCCUCUUCUCGCCGAGAAACUGCCGAUACCCCUAGCGAGCAGCUUUUCUCGAAAGCGGAAAGACCAUAUUAACCAGCAAGACCAACGACCUAAUGGCUGCAAUAACUCGUUGCUGCAAAAACUAAACUCCGGCACAGCACGAGACGCUGAAGCAGACAGUAGUAGUGCUGGCAAUAGUUGUGCACAUGAUACAGCAUUUAACGCCAGCAAUAUCUUUACACUGCGGCAGCUGACCAGCGCGCAGGCUACCGCGGUAGCCGAGGAGGAGGAGGGGAGAAAGACGAUAGAGCAAGAACUACAGCUCGACCCGAGAGACCAAAACCAAACUCUGUUGAGCCAGCGCAUCGACAAUAGCAGCAGCAGCAAUCGAGAAAGGAUUCUCAUUCAGCCGAGCCAGAUCGUUCAACUGCCCUUCCUCUCGGAGAACCACCCCGGUCCACAGUGGGCGGCUGCUUUUCUGGUGCUGGCGGUCAAAUUGGCCGUUGAUGUGAAAAAAACCGAGUCCGUCUCGUCGGAAAUCUCGGAAGUACAACAUCAAGGGGAUGAAGCGACUCCAGGUAAAAAAGGCACAUCGACGUCGGCAAAGCACAACAGGAGCAACCGUAUUACUUCCAACCGCCUCCAAAAAGAAAAACCGGAGCAAAAUACCUCCCCCCCGUUCUCCCUCCUCCCACUCACUACCGCCAUCCUCCCCUCCGCCGCGCACCUCCGGUGGCAGCAGGCCGACCACAAAACCCGGUCGCGGAGCGCCCACGCCUGGCGGUCCGCCGUGAUGCACACGUGCCGGGAGCGGACCGACGGCGACACGUGGCGGGCCCCGGUGUACUGGAACGAGCUGGUGCUGUCCCGGGGCGAGUCGGUUUACAAGGCGUCGCGCAUCCGGGGCAUCGCGGACAGCCGCAUCAGCGACGCGCUCGAGAUUUUGGCGAACAGCGGCCGCAUGGACUACGGGCGGUGGAGUCGGUGCACCGAUCUGGAGAAGAAUCAGUUCUGCGACUACUUUCUGCAGCAGUGGUGCGGGGGAAGUGCGGGAGAAAUAGCAAGUCGCGCCGGCGACGAUCCGCUGCAACAGCCAGCGACCGUCGAUCUGGACGCGUUGUACGGCUGGCGGAAGCCCUUGUUUCAACUCGGCCAGCGAAUUCUAGGCCUCGAGCAGCUAAGAAAGGAGGCUGCUGCGCGGACGGAACUGCAUGAAGGCCCGAGGGCGGCGGAACAAGAUGAUGAACUACCUGCAGGAAAUGUGAAAAAUCGAUUCAGCGAGGAUAGCGAGGAGCUCAGCAAUCACACCAAUGACGUGAAAACAAGUCGACGGGGGGUUUCCUUGCCGACAGUGGCUGGACGAAAGGCAGCACCCUCGCAGCUGUCCUCUUCCGCAAGUUUUUUCCUGCUGCACGCGUACGAGGACGGAGAGCGAGAUGGCAGAAACUUUUCCCGUUUCCCCAACCCAGACGCGCUGAUGAUUAGCCAGGAGAAGAAGCAACCGGACGACUUCUCGGACGACAGUGACCACGAAAUGAAGCUUGAAGGUAAUUUUUACUCCGAGGAUGAAGGCCUGCUGGAGGGGCGAGUUUUCACGAGCAAUAUUAAAGAGACCAGCGAGAGCAGGAAACUCAGUCGCGCCUACCGCAUGAACCAUUUCACCGCGUUCCAGCAGCUCCCGCCCCUGUUCGUGCACUUGAUCACAGAGUUAGCGCGGCUUUGUGGGUGCACGGAGCACGGUUUGUACCAGUGCAUUCUGAAGGUGGAAGAGUGGUUUUUGAUGGAGUUCGGGCAGGAGGAGGUCGAGGUAAAUGCGAGCCAUGCGUCAAGGCUGCCUCCGUUGCAGCCUGGGAGAGCCAGCAAACACGGCUCUGCGGCCUCGAAGGGGCAAAGCACCGGUACUACUAUUCCGGUUGUUGAAGACCGUCCAGGGCCCGCGGAUCUCGAAAACGUCGGUGAUAUGGUAGACGCUUUGCCAACAGCUUUGUUCGCCGCACCGCCACCGGAACACCAACUUCCCAGCGGAGCGGGGCGGCAGGGCAAGCGAAGCAAGAAAAGUAAGGGCGUGAUGAAAAAGGCCAUGAAGCGACAGCAGAACCACGUUAAGAUGGCGAGAGAGCAGAUAAAAAUAGGCGACUCCGGCGGAGACAGAGGCGCUGUCAUUAAUGAUGUGGCAGGUAAGAUGAACAAAAUGACUAAAAGCAAAGCUGCGACCCGAAAAAAUCAGAAGGCGACAAAUGACUGA